CAACUGAAAAGAGGAAGAUGGCGUCCAGAAGGACCAUAUGGGGUUUCUUCAUUGCUCUCUUUGCGCUAGUAGCGGAGGUAAGCCUUCAGAGAGUUGUGCCAUCGUUUCACUCAAGUCAACUUUUGCAAGUUCCAAAGGGACAUUAUGUAGAACUCAAUUUUACCUUGGAGACGUCACAUGCAACACCAUGCAUUGAUGAUAUGUACCUCGCGAUUCGCGAUGGAUACAACAAGUCUGCCAAUCUUCUCGGAAGAUUUUGUGGAAGGAACAUUUCUGGUAUUGUGCGAUCCAGUGGACAAAACUUGUGGAUCAGUAAAUCUGGUUUUUCCAAGCAUUGUAUCAGGUUUUGGGGCUCUUACAUCAACAAAACACUUAACAUAACAGUCUACCCCAGUCUUGACAACGUGGCUACAACUCAGUUUGUUCUUUUCAACCAAACCUCAUCUCUAUGGUGUCCAGCACAAGGUGCACCGGCACCAAUUAUUGUUUGGAGAAAGAACGGCACAGUGGUACAGAACAGUACGAGUGUGCAGUAUCAGCUGAACAUUAAUGGAGAAAACUAUGACAAGUACAGCUGUGAAGUGAACAGACAUGAAAAAAAAGAAAUUCGUCUCGUCAUUGAAACAUCUCAGCGGUCCGGAAUCCUUAAUCUUCGAAUCUUAUUGGCUUAUUCCGCGCGCUCCAGCAGUUCGGAUUUUCCCAUUCAGAUCCCGGGUACAGAAUGUUCCGAGCAACUAGGUGAAAAUCAGAUAGAGGAGUUACCACUUGGACUCUUCUACACCAACAAGAAGUUGAACCAGUUACAUCUGGAUGGUAAUCAGAUAGAGGAACUGCCACCUGGAGUCUUCAACAACAACACGGAGCUGAAGUUCUUGUGGUUAAAUAAAAACAACAUCAAGAAGUUGCGUGGUGAUCUAUUUACUCAUUUAGUCAAGCUUCAGUGGCUAAAACUCGAUGUCAAUCAGAUAGAGGAGCUACCACUUGGAUCCUUCAAUAGCAACACGGAGUUGACCGAAUUGUGGUUAAACAAUAACAAAAUCAAGGAAUUGGGAAAAGACAUAUUUACUCCUUUAGUCAAGCUUCAAAAGCUAUACCUAAAUGACAAUCAGAUAAAGGAGCUAUCACCUGGAGUAUUCAAUAGCAACACAGAGUUGACCGAAUUGUGGUUACAAAACAAUGAAAUCAAGAAGUUGCCUGGUGAUUUAUUUAAUCUUUUAGUCAAGCUGCACGAGCUAUAUCUAGACCAAAAUCAGAUAGAGGAACUACCGAAGGGAGUCUUCAAUAGCAACACCGAGUUGACCUACCUAUCCCUGGACAAUAACAGAAUCAAGGAGUUGCAUCAUACUCUAUUGACUCAGUCAGUAAAGCUUCAGCAGUUACGUCUUCAAAUCAACAAUCUGGAAAAAUUACCAAAGCGAUUGUUUGAUGGCUUGAGACACUUAUCAAAACUAUGGCUGCAGGACAACGCGAUCCAAAUGCUACCCAAGGACAUUUUCAAGGAUUUGGUUAACUUGGAUGAACUGGAUCUCUCUAAUAACAAAGUGGAGAAACUGCCAGACGGAAUCUUUUGCAACGUAACGAGGCUCACAACACUGUAA